UACAAAGCUUACAAAAGAUUCUUUCAAAUAGUUAAACAUUUCGUUUAGCCGGAACAAGCAUGUCUGCUCUACGCCGUGACGUGUCCCCAUUUUUUCAACGGAUCCGGGCCUUUCUCCUCGGUCGUGAGCACACUCUGGCGCUGCGCUUCGAGGACGACGUAGCCGAUCGCACCCAGCCCCCUCCAAAGAUCCCCGACGGACCUUCGCAGCUGUACUCGGCCAACUAUUAUUGCCUGCGCGAUGGCCGUCGGGAGGUGAAUCCACCUAUUGAUCUGGUCGAGCAGCAAAAGCAGCUCUCAGCGGAUGGCGGUGCGUCCACGGCGACCAAAUUACCCACUCCGGGCCAGGUAUAUGCCUGGGACUAAAUGACCGAAGAAAUAACUCUUUUUUUGUGUUGUAACUUGAUGCGGUUGAAACUAAAAUAUAAUCAAUUUAAGCAUUCAAAA